GAGGCUGUGUGCGCGCGCGCGAGGAGGCGGGACUAAAGCCGCAUUUCAAAGAAAAGGAUUGGAGAGGCUGAUGGAAGUCUGGGAACAGAGCGCUGAAAAAGGCGCUAGAAGGACGGCUAGGAGAGUCGCGGGCUAGCGGCGAGCAGCGGAGAAGUUGUCACCGAGCUGCGGUGAAAACUGGGAUUUGAUGGCAGUUUAGCGGGACUGCAGACCCGGCGGAGGAAGUCAAGACCCAGGACACCGAGGAGCCAUGUCCACCACCACCACCUCUCUGCAACUGCCAAAGCAGGACGAGGAGGAGGAGGAGGAGGAGGAAGAUGAGGAGCAAGGGGAGGAGUUUGUGUUUGACGACAGCGAAGGCGAGGAGACGCGCCAGGAGGGCGGCGAAGGGCUCUGCGGUGGUGGCGUCUUCGUGCAACCAGAGUCCACACCAGCGUCACAAGCUGUGCCAGACGUCACACAACAGGAAGGAGGUGCCCGCAAGGAAGUGUCCAUUUCCACCCAAGAUGUUCCAGUGGGAGAGUCAGCCAGCGGCGGAGCCUCGGAAGGACUCCAGUCCAGUACCUCGGCCCCGCGUGAGGGGGAGGAGAUCCUUUCCCAUUGUGCGAAGCCAUCGGCACGAGACGGCGGCACGGAAACCGUGCAGGAACGCCAGGACGUCCCUGAAGCAUCGAAUGAAAGCGAAACUAACUCCAGGACUGAAGACUCCUCAGAGGUCAUCUAUGAUGAUGUUCCCUGUGAGGAGGCCCGCUCCCCUGAUGAUGACACACUGUAUGAGGACGUGCAGAGGGACAGUGGACAUCCUGUUGCAGGCAACGGGUGGAGCUCCAGCGAGUUUGAAAGCUACGACGAGCAGUCCGAUGGCGAGAGCAAAGCGCCGACACGCAGCAAGCUCUCUCCUGAAGUGCGGCGGCUGAGGGAACGCUGUGCCAAGACCAAGCGUGAGCUGGCCAUGAAGCUGUCUGGCAAGCACCACUAUGACAUCAAGGUGCAGCAGCUCAUGAAGGCGGCGAGAAGCGGAACCAAGGAUGGGCUGGAGAAGACCAGAAUAGCCGUCAUGCGUAAAGUUUCCUUCCUCCAGCGGAAAGACACCAUCGAAGAGGAGGACGACGCCGGCUACCUGGAAGUGGCGGUGUCAGAUGCCAAGCACCCUCCCCCGCAGCUGAGCGCCAUGCCAGAGGGUCUGAGCAGCCACCAGGUUGUCCGCCGCCACGUCCUGGCCUCCGUCAUCCAGAGCGAGCGCAGCUACCUGGAGUCCCUGCGCAGGAUCCUGCAGGAAUACCACAGACCUCUGCUGGAGGCCGACCCGCGCAUCCUGAGUCCACGGAAGAUCCGGCCCAUUUUCCACCGAAUCCGGGAGAUCACGCAGUGCCACGCCAUGUUUCAGAUCGCGCUGGCGUCGCGUGUGGCCGAAUGGGACAGCUGCGAGAAAAUCGGGGACUUGUUCGUGGCCUCGUUCUCCAAGUCCAUGGUGCUGGACGUCUACAGCGACUACGUCAACAACUUCACCAACGCCAUGGCUCUCAUUAAAAAGGCCUGCCUGUCCAAGCCGGCCUUUCUUGACUUCCUAAAGAAGAAGCAAGCGUCUAGUGCGGACCGCAUCACUCUCUACGGCCUGAUGGUGAAGCCCAUCCAGCGCUUCCCCCAGUUCAUUCUGCUGCUGCAGGACAUGCUGAAGAACACACCUAAGGGUCACGUGGACCGCCUGCCCCUGCAGCUGGCCCUCACCGAGCUGGAGACCUUGGCGGAGAAGCUCAACGAGCAGAAGCGAGUCGCCGACCAGAUCGCGGAGACUCAGCAGCUGGCUCGCAGCGUCAGCGAUCGUCUGCUCAGCAAGCAGCUGAACCUGGAGCAGGGGUCUCUGGUCCAGUGCGAGACGCUCAUCGAGACCGUGUACGGCGAGCGGGGACAAGUCCUCAAAUCCAAGGAGCGCAAGGUCUUCCUCUUCGACGACGUCCUCAUCUGCGCCAACAUAAACGUCAAGGGGUCGCCAGAUAUCAGCAGCCUGGUGCCGGUGGGUCCCAAGUACACCAUGAAGUGGAGCGCCCCCUUGCAGCAGGUGCAGGUGGUGGAAGUGGGUCAGGAGGCCAGCCAGAGCAAAGACCUGGUCUUCCAGCCCAGCAGCACAAGGCGGCCAAGCCUCGCCCAGGCCUCAGGUAAAUCCCUCCUGGGUCCUCCGCGGCUUUACCAGGAACUGCAGGAGCUCCAGCAUGACCUUUGUGUGGUGGAAGAUGUAACGCUCCUGGUGGGAACUCUGCAGGGGACCUACCAGAACCUGAACACCACAGUGGCCCAGGACUGGUGCUUGGCUCUGCAGAGGUUCAUCCGUAUCAAAGAGGAGCAGAUCCAGAGUGCCAACAAAUGCCGCUUACGCCUGCAGGUGCCCGGCAGACCUGACAAGUCCGGUCGUCCUGUCAGCUUCAUGGUGGUCUUCAACACUCCAAACCCCCUCAGCAAAAUCUCCUGGGUCAACAGGAUGCACUUGGCCAAGAUUGCACAACGGGAGGAGAACUCUCCAGGCUGGCUGUCUGGCGAGCACGAGGAGAAGACCACGGCUCCUUUUUGGUGUCCGCUGCUGGCCAGUCGCAUGCCUGUGUUUGCCACCAAGUCCCCUGAGAGAAAGCUUGAAGCUGCCAUCCACAAUCCUGUUCAGUCUGCAAUGUUGGGCUUCUCUGCGGCCAGCACCUCCUUACCUCAAGGCUUUCUCUGGGUGGCAGGCAGUGGAGAAGCCUCCCAGGGCCACGUGGAGAUCUUCUCCCUCAACAGACCCGUGCUGAGGGCAGUGAAGAGCCUGCAAGUAGGAUCGGCCAUCCGGUGUCUGGAAUAUGUGCCGGAAUGUUCUGUGACCGAGGAGGCGGAGCCUGGAGAUCCCAAGGCCACGCCGGGGAACGGUGCCAACAUCUGCGUGGGCUUGGACGACGGACGAAUUCUGGUCUAUGGCAGCGUGGACACGGCAGCUCAAUGCCUCCUGACCCUCAGUAACCCUGAGGGUUGCCCCGUCAUGUGUCUGAAACACUCGCCUAACUUCCUGUUUGCCGGUCUUCACAACGGAACCAUGAUGGUUUACGGGAGAAAAGAGAGGGAUGACCUUUGGGACCCGGACUCCCGCAGAAAUGUGAACCUGGGCUCACAGCCGGUUCGGACCCUGGUGGUACUGGACGACUCGGUGUGGGCCAGCUGUGGGAACUCUGUCACCGUGGUGGACGUGUCCAGCCUCGGCACUCAGACGUUUGAGGUCCACCCCGACCCGAUGGUGAGCGUGGCACACGUGGCGUGCGCGGGCGGCGGCGUGUGGAUGGCGUUCUCGGAGGGCACGUCCAUCCGUCUCUUCCACACCGAGACGCUGGAGCUCCUGCAGGAAAUAAACAUAUGGCCGCGCUCCACCGUGCUGAACAUGGGCCAGGAGAGCAUGCGAGUGAGCAGCCUGCUGAUCUGCCAGGGACUGCUGUGGGUGGGCACUGCCCAAGGUGUGCUCAUCACCCUGCCAGUUCCGAAACUGGAAGGAAUCCCCAAGAUCACAGGAAAAGGAAUGAUCUCGCUAAACGGCCACUGCGGGCCCGUGGACUUCCUGGUGGCCACGAGCAGCACCCUGUCACCUGACCUCCUGAAGAGGGACUCGGUGGGGGACGGGAUGGACUCGGCCUGCGGGGGCGAGGAGCCCAGCGAUACUUCCUCGCAGGAAUCCCUGCAGCAGUCCGGCGAGGCCCGGGGCAGAGGGCGCGGCGUCCUCCUGCGCUACAAACUGCUCUCCACGUCGGGGCUGCCCGGCCAGCUGCUGACCGCCGCGCCCGGCGACGAGGCGUCCGACUCGUCCCUGGAGUCCUUGGAACACAGCGUGGAAGACGGCUCCAUCUACGAGCUCAGCGACGACCCCGAGAUGUGGGUGCGGGGGCGGCCCUCCGAGAAGGACGGGCGGAGCAAAGACCGGGUGGUGUCGGCUGCCAUCAUCUCCGGGGGCAAAGGCUUCCGGCGGCUGAGAGAAGGAGCGCCCGCCACUGCUCGGACCGGCGGGGAGGCUUUGGAGAACCUUCUCCUGGUGUGGCAGCUCCCGCUGACCGUCUAGGCGGGAAGGUCCACGCCAUCCGGCCCAAACAAAACCGUCCUCUCCUGGUUUUGUUCCACAGCUCGUGACCGCCUCCUACAGGACCGGAGUGGACCACUACCAGUCUUGGCGGGCCUGGACUUGGCCUCACGCACUUUGAAUGAAAAGACAAACUAAGCUCUUCUCCAGCUGCGGUACUGUCAUGACCUUGGACUUGGACUUGGUCUGGACCGUCAAGCCUCUCUCUCUUUCCGCUCAAUGUGAACGCCCGAAGACGGACGGAGGGCGCGGUGGUGGUGGUGGUGUUGGUGGUGUUGAUGGUGGUGUGUCCGCAGGAGCCACGGUGGUGUUGGUGGUGUUGGUGGUGAGUCCGGGGGCGCCGCUUGCACGGUGAUCACACUUACAACCUGACCUUUUUGCACAUCUUUUUUUUUUUUGGGUCACUAAUGUUUUCCUUUUUUUAACAUGACUUCUAGAAAGGUUUCAGCACUUCUUUUUAUCGUCCGGCUAAUAAAUGUUCUUUUAGGGCUACACUGAAAAUACUAAAUAAGUCUCAUUUUCUUCCAGAAGAAAGUGGAUUUUAACAAGUGAUUGUCAGGAUUCUCACAAGAAUCCACUGUUGCGUUUACUGGCUGUGGGAAUUUCGACAAUCACUUCUUAAAAAUACAAGGUUAAAUACUUAAAAAAUAGGUACAAAUAUGACUUUCUCUUGUCAGAAGAUGACCGUUUUUUUUUUUUAUUGCUUUUUUCGUCAUCGUACAAAAAAAAAAAUCCAAAUGAGCAUUUUGCUUUGAUUUGUUGGUCGUCGUGUUCUUAAAAAAAAAAAAGCCUGAAGUCUGCAGCAGCGAUACAGGUGUUCCUCGGGUUACGUUGGUAAGUCCGGUUUGACCGAGCUAAAUGAGAACUUCCCAAAUUAUCUACACAAUGUGGGGGAAGUUGGCAGCUUGUGGUUUGGAAAAUGAGGGUAAACCAACACUUGGGUCACUCACAGUGUGCACGGAACACGUGGCGCUCAGAAAAUACUCUUUUAUAAACUAUAUCAGGCAGGGGUGUCUAAAGUGCAGCCCGGGGGCCGUUUGUGGCCCGCAGAAUAUUGUUUGAAGAAACUUUCAAAACCUAAGGAAAAUAAGCAAAAAGACAAUUCAAUGAGAAAAAAAAAAAAUAUAUAUAUAUAUAUAUAUAUGCAAUUAAAUAAGUAUGUAUAUAUACAUGUAUAAGGGUUGUACAGUAUUAGUAUGGUACCGCUACACUAACGAAUUAUAUUCGGUAAUAUACCGCCUCUGAAAAAUGAUCGGUCUCACACCCCCUCACCCCAUCCCCUCAUCACAUUACAUCUUUUUCCUCUUUUUAUUACCUUUUUACUGUUGUUGUUUUUUUGACAAGUCGCUGACCAACAAAACACAAGUUGCCGUCCACGAAUGGCCCCUUGCCUGCAUUUUGGACACCCCUGAAUAAACUAAUAACUUUGUCACCAAUAACACAAAGCUCACACUAAGUUUUGUCUUGAAAGAAAUGUAAUGUCUGUUGUUCAUUUCUUUUCAAAAUAAAAAAAAAUGGCAGAAUGGC